UGGAAAUCUCUGCAGACUCUUCUCUCUCACAAACAAGCACGCAGAGAAUUGAGACGACACGCUGAGAGAAAUGAUUAUUUGAGAAUCUAAAACCGGAUUCUACUAGGCUCCUUUGUUCCACAACAACAAUGAACCACCAAUAUGGUGAAGACCAAGAUCGAGUGAGUGUAGUUGGAUUUGACGUCCCCAACUCUCCCGAAGCAAGUUACAACAAUGCCUACCCUGGAAAUGAAGAAGAGGGGCGAGAACCACCAUCGCUACCUCCCCAUCUGCAGCAUACAUUACUGAAUCAACCGACAACGAGUGAUCCCUGUGCACCCCUCCCAUCACCGCAGAAUGUUACGCUAAAUCAUCUUUACAUAGAGAAUCGAGAACCUCCUCGCACAGUAGUCGCACUCGGGGUCACUCAUCGUUUUCGUGCGAAAUUUGUCACUGUUGUGCUCUACAAACCUGUUCCGAGAAGAUGAAGAUGGAGAUGAAGCAGCGGGAGCAGGCGAUUUUCGUGAUCACGAACCUCAUCUACUUCUUUGGCCUUUCUUUUGUUUGUGUCCUAAUUUGAGCAGCAGUAGGAGUUGGUUGGCCAAACAUGAUUUAUUUAGCAUUGAAAUUUAUGUUUCAUCAGGUUUGCUGUGGUGAAAAUUUCUUUGUUAUUUAGAUAUUACUUACUAGUGAAUGUGAAGUAUAGAAUUUAUUGCAGUA